CUAUCAACAAGGCACAUUCGUCGCUGAUCCCAACGGCUAAUCCGUCCAUCUAGAUCCUACAGAUCCUAGGUUUGGCUGGAACUGUGAUGGCUGGUUCUAGCUCCGACGCCAUUACUUUGGGGGCACAAAGUAUCGAACCGCAUCAUUGGAGGUGCUGUUUCAGUUGUUGAUCGACGCCAAGGUCGUGGGAAGCUCCAUCGGAGCCUUGACUUGGUGAAUGAAAAGGAUGCUGACAUCGAACAAUCGUCGUAGGACUGCCAUAGCCCCGAAGACUUGGUGGGGCCUUCCACAAAGGGAAAGUGGUAGGAUGGGGAAAGAAGAAACGAAAAGAAGAAGUAAGAAUAAGGGAAACGACAAAAGGCUGACAGUCGAUACAGCAUGCAGUGCCAAGAAAUCCUAUCAAUCUAGGAGCAUGGAUGGUGGAUUCCACCUGAAAGACCGAAGUUUGUCAUUGCUGUGUGCCUUGCUAAUUGGACAGUUUACAGGGUUCGUGAAUCCUUCUAGGGCCAUUUCUAUGCUCUUCCGGGUACUAUAUAUCCGAAACCAAGAUGCAGCCUUGCAGGCGCAGCUGAUUGGACUAAGCUUAGCAUCAGGCUCCGAACAGUGCAUACCGAACACUAGUAGCCAUGUCGGCGUGAAGCAGGACCAAGCGAUCUUUCGGUUCCUCGGGAACUGACAACAUCUUCAUCACAUUUGCAAGCCCCUGAACCCUGGAUCACUCAUGAUCAUGACUAGUGCUAGACAAUGAGCCACUGUCGAGAGGGGCAAGGU